AUGAAGGUCUCAAAGCGAGCUUUACUGGUAAUAGACCAAGAGGUUCGACUGAAAUGUGAAAGCAGUAUUGUUUGUGAAUGCAUGAACAAGCUCCAGUAUUGUCUACCUUGUCGCCAUUCUUUGCCUGCUGGAAGGGAUAUCUAUAUUUCUGAUAUCCCUGAAAGGUGGGUUAUUGAUCCUCGUAAUGUAAAGCCAAGGGACAACACUUGUCGGGAAAACUUCCAGCUUGAGGAAAGACCAGAGGUGUGGAUGGAGGAAGUAAUUAAACUCGAGUCACUGUUUCGGUCCUGUGAGGGCAGCCAGCAAGUGGCUAACCUCCAGAAUAAGAUCAAGAAGGUCACUUCUGAAUUCGAAGGCAAAACUGGGCACCCUUCGAUUAACUUUCAAGCCCCAGAAAAAAUCAAGUACCCUGGCAGACGGAAGGGUAGUGCACGUCCAAAGUACCUCCCCAAAGACUUUGGUCGGGCAAACUGGAGAAAGAUCAGUGUUUCGUCUGGUCAUGCUGGCCUUAAGGCAAUGGUUAGACUGAGAGCUAAAAUGAGGGAGGGAAAACCUGCAGCUACACAAAAAAACAAAAAACAAAACAAAAACAAACAAGAGCCUCUCGACCCAGUCGAUGCUACCAAAAACAAAAUAAAACAAAUAAAGCAAGAGCCUCUUGACCCUGUCGAUGCCCCCCAAAAAAAUGGGUUCAAAAGACCCGCCACCGCCCUGGAAGAUUACCGGUAUGAUAAUCGCACCUCUGUUGGCAAGAGGGUCAAAUUCCAGCCCGGUUUUCCUGUCUCUCAUGAGAUAGUCGAUGAUGUCAAGGGUGGGUUUAGCCCUACUGCUGACGGGUGGUGUGGUUUUCGGGUCCUUGCCCACUUGAUCUACAAAGAUCAAAAUAAGUUUUCACUUGUAAAAAGGGAUAUGCUAGCCGCCCUGCCGAAAUACAAAACAUUGUACACAAAUACCUUUGGCACUGACACAAGCCAACUAGAAAAAAUCAUUCAACAUGGCUCUCAACUCGAUUAUAGCAACACCAGCAACACCAACACCAACUUCAUCUCAGUAUGUUCAGAUGCCAGUAUGUGGUUUAACACACCCGACUGUGCUCAACUAGCUGCGGACACAUAUACACGACCAGUCUGCGUCUACUCAGACAACCCCAGCACCCCCUCAACAACCUUUCUCCCAUUCGCCCUUCCCAACAACAAAACCAAACAACGACAACCUCUGAUUUUUAAUCAUGUUAACAGUAAUCACUGGACAACAGUUGACUUUUCCCGUAAUAUCUCUAGAAAAUGGCCAACCGUUCCUGAAUUAUUUUUUUUAGGUUGUGCCAGAAAUAAGAUUGAUGAUAACUUUGAUACUUACUGGAAUAAGUUCAAAGAAUUUAACAAGCAUGAUCGCCGAAAUGCCAUGCUCUCUCUCCAUUCUGAUCUAGAUCAACCAAUUGAUCUUACUCCAAAAUAA